ACUGAACCACCAAGUUAAAUCCUAAAGGAAAUGAAUCCGACGCCAAUCCGGCCACUACGCGAACGCAGUCGGAGAUCAACAAACAUGUCGGCUGCCGUGUUCUUGAGGGCGUUCAGGCCGACUCAAAUAGCGUCCAGCGCCUUACUUGGGAACAGAAAAAUUAUUGGCCAUGCUGUAGGAAGAGCACCACUGCUGUCAGCGGUCAGUGGACUCAGAACACCAGCUUUCACUCCCCCAGUUGUGCAACAGAGUGUUAAGCAAGAACUUGUUAAAGACUGCAAACAAGAACAAGAUCUUUUUACUGAAGAUGUGAUAAGCAAGGUGAACAACCAGAUCGUCCAAAGAAGUCAUGGAAGAUUAUUUGCUGUAGUAUAUAUCCACGGCCAUCAGCAUUUGGUAACCCCAGAGGAUUUGGUUAUUGUGCAGGGUGUUUUCCCGCCCUCCAUUGGAGACGUCAUCAGGCUAGAGAAGGUUUGCUUUAACAGGGAAACACACACCCUCUUGAGGAUCAACCGCGUUGAAAUCAUGCAGAAGAUUGAUGAGGUACCAGAAGUGGAUGGUGUUGAUGGAAGAAUAUUUUAAUGUUUGCAAGAAAAAGUUAGACGUUAAUGUAAAUAAAUUUGUUAGAUAAA